AUGAUUAUUUAUCACGAUUUAAUGCGAAAAAUUAUUGGAAAGCUUCUUUAUGUGUCAACAAAUUCAAGACCCGACAUUAGUCUGAGUGUAGGUAGUCUCGCACAAAGAGUUGAAAAACCGAGAAAAUUAGACUUAAAUGAAGCAUUAAGAGUUAAAUUAAAUUUUUAUUUUCUUCAAUGGAAAAUUGUUGAGGAUUUGAGCUUCGAAAUAAUUUUCCUUGAUGAAAAUUCCAAAGCAGGAAACUACAUGUUACAAAGCACUGACAUGCGACUCAUUAAAUCAAGCGUUAAAUUCCACAAUUUUACGACAUCAGCUUCUCAAGCAUUUUCUAAUUCAUUUCACUCCACAGUAUUCACUCAUAACUUUGUGAUGAGGAAUAUAACUUGA